GGGGAGUGUAUAAUACACUGCAUUGUGUUCAUUUGACAAACUCCUGCAUCUUGUGCUGGACUGCCAGCCUCAGUGCUCCUCAGGAAUACAGCUGGAUUCAGGAUACACAGCCUGCACAUUGAUGGAUUGAACUUUGCCAAAGGCAAUAUUGUGGCUGAUAUUUUGUGUGCAAUCAAUCUUUAAUGAUUUAAUUAAGGCAGGGAGGGUAUUGAUAAUGUCAGUUGUGUUCAGCCUUAAAUUCCUCCUAGUUGUGGGGUGAGAUCCUGGGAGGGAAUACCCCACUGUGGAAGUAUCGUGUGUAGGUCUCCUUCAAGCUUGGAACUUUGAUUAACAACUUGUGCUAGUGGCUCACAUAUGGACAUUCAUAUUCUGGACAUGUGGUCGAUGCAUGGCAGAACCACUGACUAUGCUAGCUCAUACUGGAUAUGCUUGGAUUACGAAAUAGUAUUGCUUUGAUGUGACAAUGAUUUCUUUCAAAAGAAAACAAACAUGGAGGAAAGACAUUUUAAAGAUCUUCUUAGAAUCCUACAGAGGCUAAGGGUUGUUUGAAAGCAAUUACCGGAUCCAGAGUAUCUGGGUAGAUGGGACAAGUCUGUCUUCAAGUUUCUAGUAGUAGUCAAGUCAAGCCAGUAAUGUUCUCCCCACUCAGCAGAUAUCCUGAGUUUCAGCUGCGUGUCCGCCCACGGCACAUGGAGGUAGUACACUACCUUCAAUACGGACACACGUGGAAGCCCCUUCGCCAAGCACAGCGGCGGCAGAUGAGACUCAUGGCCACAACACAAUAUCAGAAAGGGGAGGUAAUCCUUCGAAAUCUUGCAGAAGAACUGCUGAAUGAAGACGAAUGCAGCAUGUUCAAACAAGCUUUACAGCACUUCCGGGUGUCUAAGUCUGUGCCUACAUUAUGCACUCAGCUAAAGCCUGUGAUAAAUACAACUGAGAAGCUGAUGCUGCUCCUGGAGCUGAGCAGCAAGCUUCCUCUCCAACUUCAGAGGGACUUCCAUAAGCUCUGUAGCCUACAGUUUUCAAGUUAUGAGGCAUUCUUAAAGUAUUUUAAUACUGGAAACCCCAUAAGUGAUGAUCCUAAAGUGAUUGCAAAGGAUUCAUCUGGGCAAUUUCAAGUUGUGUCUACAGGAUUUGAGAAAAAAAUACAUGUAGGGCCUUUUGAUGAAACAAAUGGGACUGAUGGGGUAUCACUCCCUGGUACCAGUGUUACAAGUGGAGUAUACAGUGAGUUUGAUGAUCAGUCUAGGAAUGGAACAGUUACCAAGGAAGAAGCAGAAAUGAUACUGAAUCAUUCACUGCUCAAGCCGGUAAGAACACCAGUCCAAUAUCGGCAGCAAAAUCAAGAUAUGUCAAAGACUCCAUCACGUGUGUCAAUGAAGUCACUUCAACUGUCACAAAAAUCAGAGGGUCACAGUAGGAAAUCGAGUACUCAUUCCAAUCACCAUCUGAACAUGAAGUCUUCCUACACUUCUCCAUUUAUUAAUGGAGCAAGCCCCAAAUCUGAGCCGGAAGUAAACACCACCAAGAAGCGAGUGCUUCUAAACAGGCGUGAAGAUGGCAGUCUUGGUGUAGGAAUCAAGGGCGGCAAGGAGUAUGGGACCCCUAUCAUGGUGUAUCUAGUGGAGGCCAACAGUCAGGCAGAGGAACAGGUAAGGGGGCAGGACCCCUAUCAUGGUGUAUCUAGUGGAGGCCAACAGUCAGGCAGAGGAACAGGUAAGGGGCAGGAGUAUGGGACCCCUAUCAUGGUGUAUCUAGUGGAGGCCAACAGUCAGGCAGAGGAACAGUGUCUCAGUGUUGGAGAUCGCAUCCUGGAGGUGAAUGGUACCGACUUUAGGCAGCUGACACAUGCUGAAGCUGUGACACUGAUGCGCAAUGCUUGGAAUCUCAUCCUGGAAGUGGAGACAUCUCAUGAAGCUAAUGGACACCAACUUGCAUCACCCACAAUAGGCAACAGCAUAGAUGUCAUCAUCUACCCAACAAACAGUGGCAAGCUUGGCUGUGCAGUAUACAGGGAUCCAGUAGCUGGGGACAUCAUUGUGAAGGAUGUGGAGGCUGACUCUCCUGCUGACAAGGCCGGCCUCAAGAAGGGAGACUGCAUCAUGAAGAUUGAUGGAUUAAGUGUAAAUAUUCUCUCCGAGAAGCAGAUCUCUGGCCUCACCAAUGCCAAGAGAGUGAAACUCAACGUCAAGAGUUCUCUGUAUGACAAAGAAAACGACCCCACCCUCUACACUGGAACUAACACACUUGGAAGUGAUGAAGUGUUCACACCGAUCCAACUCACUUCACCAUCAUCACCAUCAUCACCACCAGACACCUUCUUUGCCUCUUCUACUCCCCGAUAUCCCACUCGAGACAUCAACAACCAUGACCUGCAUCAACAACUCCCUGGAAGAACUGUGUCAUCAAACCUAGCAGACAACAACGGUACAGUCACCCAUGGUUGGAGAGGUGAUGUCCACCACUACCUCCAGGAUGCCUGGGGCAGCAGACAUCAUGUUUCAACAACGUAUACCAAACACAGUCCAAAUCUCUACAUUCCCCGGCAGUCAACUUACACACCAAGAAUGACAAUGGUGUAUCAUACCAAACCUGGUGCAAAUGCUCAUGAAAGGUCAAGGUCAGUGACUAGAGUGAAGAAACAAAUGCCCCAGGAUGUGCGGAGUCGGUCUCAGUCCCCUCACUCACUCCGCAAUGCUCCGUCUCUGACGGCCGAAGAUCGAGUUGUCCUUCACGCAGUACAGAGUGGACUACAGAAGCGUCAGCGGGCCCUCAGACUCUCUCUGUAUCAGCUGCCUCAAACCAAUGAUGAUGACUGGAAAAUCUGAAAGGACACUACAGACAAAGACAAUGAUGGCUUACAGUGUUUCAGUCAUCAGAUUCAGAAAACUACCUGCUCUCCAAUCAGGCUGUGGAAAUAUUUAUUAUUUGUUUUUAAAACUAGUAGGGUGUUACAACUUGUUCAAGCAGAACAAACUACAGGCUGACUGGAUAUGUUUAUAUGUUGAUAUGACUCAAAGGAAAAAAAGAAUAUGCUGUGGUGAGAAUAAAACUAAUGUAGCAGCAGAAAUAUAUUAUUUAUCUAAUAGAAAUAACCAGCAUUCAUGAAUCUUACUAUACCUUAUCCAUGGUAUGUCCAUUAUCACAUGUCUUACAAGGACCAGAAAAGUAGCUGAGUAAAGGCAUUGAGAAAGAUUGAACUUUUCGCUCUCUCACAGUUUAACAGCCUUGACCUUGUAGUUAUACCAUAUGUCUUGCCUGUAUGGAGAAAUUGGAGUUUUGUUAGAUCUUGAAAUUACUCCCUUUUAUAUAAAGAAUCUGAAUAGUAAUGUGAAAGAUUUAAUGUGUUCUCUCUCCAGCUUUCAAUGAUUUUGUAGACUUCCACAUAGAAGUGUUUGAGAGAGAAGACAGUUUCACAUGCUGACCAACAUUCUGACCAAGGUUUACAACAUAUUUUUGUUCGGUCUAUCUGUUAAGGAUAUGUCCACUAUUUAAGAAAUAAACAACUCAAGGUCGUUGUUUAUCGUACAAUAAAACACAGCAGGGAGAAUAAACCACUUGGGGUUGCGCCCCUCAUUGUUUAUUCUCCCUGCUGUGUUUUAUUGUACAAUGAACAAAUUCCAAUCGUCAUUUAUUUCUUAAAUAAAUGCUGGAUGGUCAAUCUGUUGAGAGUUUGCCAGUAUGACACUCAGCUGCAUGUGUAGGCUCAAUUGGAUAAUGUCUGUUGCAUCCAUUGAACAUAUUCCUUAACAUUGUCUCCAGUGUUGUUGGCAUAUAUCAUUGCAGGAGCAUGUCCUGACUCUUGCAUGUGGGGCACAAUGAGAAAAUAUACACAGGAAGUGGUGCUUCAGCAUGUGGUUACAUGUACACAGGAAGUGGUGCUUCAGCAUGUGGUGAUGUACACAGGAAGUGGUGCUUCAGCAUGUGGUUACAUGUACACAGGAAGUGGUGCUUCAGCAUGUGGUGACAUGUACACAGGAAGUGGUGCUUCAGCAUGUGGUGACAUGUACAUAGGAAGUGGUGCUUCAGCAUGUGGUGACAUAUACACAGGAAGUGGUGCUUCAGCAUGUGGUUACACGUACACAGGAAGUGGUGCUUCAGCAUGUGGUUACAUGUACACAGGAAGUGGUGCUUCCGUAUGUGAUUACAUGUUCACAGGAGGUGGUGCUUCAGCAUGUGGUGACAUGUACACAGGAAGUGGUGCUUCAGCAUGUGGUUACAUGUACACAGGAAGUGGUGCUUCAGCAUGUGGUUACAUGUUCACAGGAGGUGGUGCUUCAGCAUGUGGUUACAUGUACACAGGAAGUGGUACUUCAGCAUGUGGUUACAUGUACACAGGAAGUGGUGCUUCCGCAUGUGGUUACAUGUACACAGGAAGUGGUGCUUCAGCGUGUGGUUACAUGCACACAGGAAGUUGUGCUUCAGCAUGUGGUGACAUAUACACAGGAAGUGGUGCUUCAGCAUGUGGUUACAUGUACACAGGAAGUGGUGCUUCAGCGUGUGGUUACAUGCACACAGGAAGUGGUGCUUCAGCAUGUGGUUACAUUCACACAGGAAGUGGUGCUUCAAUAUGUGGUUACAUGCACACAGGAAGUGGUGCUUCAGCGUGUGGUUACAUGUACACAGGAAGUGGCGCUUCAGUAUGCGGUUACAUGUAGACAGGAACUGGUGUUUCAGCAUGUGGUUACAUGUACACAGGAAGUGGUGCAGUCUUGCAGUGACAGACUCAAUCUGGCUAAUAGUUCAUGUAGUGUAUCUCCCUGCUUCGAAAGCCUCUGGCUUUUCUCUGCAAACUAUACCUGACAUCUUAACUCUGCCCCUGCAUUCUCUGCAUUCCAGUGAAAUAGGAAUUAUUUUGUAAACAUUAUGCCUUUCAUGUAACAUUUAUGUAUCGCGAUACUUAAUCAGUGAAUGCUUGGUUAGUUUAGUCUCACUCAAUGUAUACCAAUGUGUUUGGAUAUCAUUGUUGAAUUAAUACCAGCACAAACAACUGGCUCCCCAUCCUGGCUUGAAUAUUCCUGAAACAUCUAUGAAUUCUGCAUUUUAUGGAGUGGCUAGAAGCACUUCGGGGUUGUAUCCCUGGAGUUGCAGGACUCAACCAUCUACCCCUACACAUUCCCAAAGCAGUGGUUUGUGUAACAAUUGCUCACACGUAGGACUUAUUACAGACUCAAGGAUGAACUGCUUUCAAAGACACAGUAUGAUGCACAUUUUGUACAUACUACAUUAGUAUAAAAGCUGCGAGUUGUGUAUAUAUCAUUCAACUGCUGUACUCUAUUACCUGAUCACAAUGUUAAGUUGUAUGCUGUUGUAUUGUUGCCUUAACCAGAAAUAUAGACUGCUUAUCAGAGUA